GGAGGCAUGGUUCAAUAAAUAGUUAAGAGGAUUUGGUGACUGAUGACUUGUCGGAGAAGAAGCAAACUCUCUGCUGACGUAUGUUUUGUGUCAGCUUUCCUUUAUUGAAAUUGUGUUUUUUUAAUUCCUGUUUUAGAAGAAUAUAGCAAAAUAUGUUAGAAAUAAUUUAAAUACACUAAAAAUUUAUUAAAUGGGCUUAUACAGUGAUCAUGUUUAUUUAAUUAUAGUAGUCGUGCUUUGCUUUUGAUCUUUAAAUUAACCUUUGAUAUUUUUUACUAAAGUUAAUGGAAGAUUAACAAACAAAUAUAUUCAAUUUCAGUAAAAAAACAAAUAUAUUCAAUUAACUUGUGCAACUUUUUUCAGAAAAAAAAUUAAUGUGUGCAAUUGGCGACAAUAUGUCAAGUAAUUUUAUAUGUCAGAAUCACAUACUAUUUUCUUUCUUUUUUUUUAACACCCACAUACUAUUUUCUUUUAUCGUAUAAAAUGUUUUAAUGGAAAAGACAAGUUGCCGUUAAAAGUUAAAAUCAAGGAAAGCCGCCGGGAGCUUAAAAUAAAACUGAAAAAUGAAUGGUGCAAUGAAUCGCAUGUGGCACAUCUUUUUCGUUUUAUAUUCUAUGUGUCUUCGCGCCACUCGCAUCUUUCGGUCCACUGUUUUAGCCCCCUGCUAGCAUAUAUCCUGUAAUUGCACACAAAUUACUCCUGUAAUUGCAAAAGUACAUGAGUUAAAUAUGUUUCUUCGGUUUCUAAUUUUGUAAAUAUAACGUUGAAAGCUUCACAUUUUUGAUCUCCACGUUAAGAAUCCAGCUGAUAUUGAAUUGUUACCUUCCAAAUCCACAUCCUUAUAAGCUUACAAAAAAAAAAAAAAAAUCCACAUCCUUAUAGCCCAUCUAACCUAUUAUGUCACAUUUUUCAUGCUCGUAGCAAAAAAAAGAAAUGUAAACUCCGAAUAAUAUUUGGACCAUAAUAAAAUGAGAGACCAAACUGUAACUAUGCCGAGGAGACACGAAACAAUGUGUGAAUAAAGAAGAAAUUAACUGAAAUGAAGGGAGAAAAGUUAAAUUUCCGGCAAAGGACGGCACCGUCACGAUGCCAUUCAUGACCGUACGUCUUCUAUGCUGGCGUUUACCGGUGACCAAUUUUUCCAUUUUUUGUGCCACGUGAAUAUUACCAAAAAAAAAAAAAAUUUAUUAUACUCUUGCCCGGGUAAAUGAGAGGACAUAAAAUAAUAAGACUAAUGGGAAACCUCCUAAUUUCAAGCUGUUUUCCAGAAGAACCCGAACUCCACAAAAGCUAUAUUCACACCUUUCUCUCUCUCUCUCUCUCUCUCUCUCUCUCUCUCUCUCUCUCUCUCUCUCUCUCUCUCUCUCUCUCUCUCUCUCUCCCCCCCCCUUCUUAUCUCAAAUCACACAAACCAUUACAAAAUGAAAAACAUAUCAUCAAAUCACCUAAAAACCUAAAGGAAAGUUCUCUCAUCUGAAGAUGACAAUGAUGAUGAUAACUCUAUAAAGUAUCUUCUUAGAGAUUUCAUCUUUUAUAUUACAUGGAGAAAAAAAUAGAAGAGGAUCAUCAUCAUCAACAACAAAAGGAGCUGCUCAACAGUACCAAGAACACAGAGACUAAGAUCCAGUAGCAAGAAGAACAACAGCAAAAAAUCUUACAAGCAACACCAUCAUCACACAUGGUGAAUCUAGAUACGUCAUCAGAUCAUCAUAAUCAUCAGUUGGAGCUAGCUAACAACAUCAAUCUCUCAAGCAUCUUCGAUGCUCCAGUUUCAUCACCUUUUCCUUAUUCUUAUUUAGCAGAAGAACCCAAUCAUUUUCUUGACUUGCUCUCACAAGACCACCAUCAAUUUGCUUCAUCCUCUAACUCUUCUUCUUUUUCAUUCGAUGCCUUUCCUCUCCAAAACAAUAAUACCAACCUCUUUUAUACGGAUUUACCCUUGUCUCAACCUUCAACAACAAAGGCUAUGUCAUCAGAAGUUGUGAACACAGCAACGACAUCUCCAAACUCAACCUCAGUCUCCUCUUCAUCCAAGGAAGCUGUAAACGAUAAUACUGAUAAGGAGGUUACUCUUAAAGAUCCAGAAGAAGGAGAUCAACAAGAGCAAAAGGAUACUAAGCCACAGUUGAAGGCAAAGAAGAAGAACCAAAAGAAGGCAAGAGAGGCUAGGUUUGCGUUUCUGACGAGGAGCGAUAUUGAUAAUCUUGACGAUGGUUAUAGGUGGAGAAAGUACGGCCAGAAAGCUGUGAAAAACAGUCCUUAUCCCAGAAGCUAUUACCGUUGCACCACAGUGGGUUGUGGAGUGAAGAAGCGAGUGGAGAGAUCGUCUGAUGAUCCUUACAUCGUCAUGACAACCUACGAAGGUCAACACACUCACCCUUUCCCCAUGACACGUGGACACAUAGCAAUGCUUACGUCACCAAUCCUCAACCAUGGUGCAACCACGGCGUCAUCAUCAUCAUUCUCUAUCCCUCAGCCACGCUACUUGCUGACGCAGCAUCAUCAACCCUACAGUAGCAUGUACAACAACUCUCUAAGCAUGAUCAAUCAAAGCUCCUCAGAUGGCAUUUUCGCAAAUCCAGGAUCAUCAUCAUUCCCUGUAUUUAGUUAUGAUGUGUCACUAGCUUCUACUUCAACUACUUCGGUCAUUAGAGAUCAUGGAUUACUUCAAGAUAUUCUUCCUUCGCAGAUCAUGUCGGAUACUAUUGACACCAGAACCAAUGAAAAGGAUAGGAAAUGAACAACGUUUUUUUGCCGGGGAAAUUGUUUUUUUUGGCUGGAAUCGGUUGAUAUGUUUUUGAGGAAUUUUUGGCCGGUAUAGAUAAUUACACCGAUAUUGCUGGCUGGCUUUCUAAUGUUUUUCGUCAUCAGUAUCUAGUAUCGAAUAACCUAUGCUAGCUAGGAACAGACGUUUGUAGCAUAUGUGAUAAAGUAUAUAUAUAUUUUUUUUUUGAGUUUUAACAAAAAUGCAUAUUUUCUUUGAAGACUAUAUAUAUAUGGAGAGAGGAGGGUGUAAUCUAAAAAUAAAAUAAAUACAUUUUCUAUGGUUAUGUAUCUAGGAGUAUGAGUAUGCCUUUGGAGUUCGGUUAAAUUAUAUAGACUUUUCAUUUUUAUUCAAGUCUUACAGUUAAUUGUUCUAUCAAUUUUUAAGUUUCAUAAUAAUUGAAUGUUCAUAUAUAUGCUCAAUUUUCAAGUUUCAUAACGAUUAUACUAUCCCCUUACUUAUUCACACACACACACACACAAUUUAUCCCCAACGAAUAUGCACUACAAUUUCAACAAUUAUGAUAAAUAGCUUACACCAUAAAUAGCUUUGGUCACAUGAACGCUACAUAUUAGCUUUUGGUAUACAGAUAAAUGUAAAUUCAUAUUCAUCUCUAUAUAAGACUCAAGAGAUGUCUUUUGGCCUUAAAACUCAAAGUCUCUUUUAUAGUUUUCUUCGCGGCGACUUUUAUGUUAGUCUUCCAUGAUCACAAAUAAUAUUCAAAAAGACUACUAGGAUUGAUAAGCACACCAUUUUUGUGUACAUGCGUGCUUGACCCACCAUUUUCUGGAGAUAUGGCCAUAUGGACCAUAUUUUAACAUAGUCAACAUUAUUCAUUUAGUUCUCCUUUCCCUUAACCAAAUGCAAGUAGUAUUUGUAUCUAGCGUAAGUUUUCUUCUAAAAAGUAUUUACAUACAAAAUAAGAAACUGAAUUGUUUAUAUAUAAUUGUAUUAAUGUCUUUAUAUAUAUUUCUUAUACCCGUUUUGUGUAAGUCAUUUUUUGACAUUAAUUAACAAACGCAAACCUAAACCCACACACUUAUAUGUACAAAUAUAUAUAUCAUCAAGUUUCUGCAUGAAGCUAUAUAUGCGUGCAUAUAGCUAUAUAUGCGUGCAUAUGUGCUUUAGGUCUUUUUCAGGAAGGCGAUAGCUACGCAAGUGAUGUAUGGCCGAUAUUAAAUACUAUAAAAGUAAAUGCAAAAAGCGUAGAGUUAGUAAUGUCCAUAAUGUACUGUCGUUUUAAACACUAAAAAAUAGAAACAUGAGGAGUUCUAACAGGCUACUCAUCAACUCUACUCCAUCACCAACUAAGUAUCAAAACAAAGCAUGCUUUGUAUAUUAUGGAGAGCUAAUACUAAUCAAUACGUUUCUUUAAUACGUCAAGCUGCAACAUGACACAUAUACAUACACAUUAGUCUAUUAUUGCUGCCGGUUGUGUUCGAUCUUAAAUGUUGACAGUAAAAUAAGUUGAACAAGUUGGGCUAGACUUAAUGUUCGAACCCGAGCCUCGUAUUUUUGAUUUAUCGAACUAUAAAAACUUUUCAAAAUAGCCCCAAGAAUCAUAUGUAUUGGUAUGGACCAAGCCCAAAUUAUCGUCAUGAUAAGAAGUCAGAAAUGGAGAAUUAAUCUAAUGAACAAGCAAAACAAUUUUAUCUGAGAUUACCAAAACUUCGGCCUAGUGAGAAUUUAACUAAAUGAUUUUGGAAUUAUUAAAUAGUUGCGUUCCUUUGGUUCCUAAGGGAACUUGUUAAGAAAAUCAGAACUUGGAAUUUAAUUUGAUUUCCAACAAAGCUGAAAGCUGUGUAAUAGUUUUUGAUUUUUGAUUUUAUAAAUGUGCCUUAAAAAAGGAAGAAGAAUGACUCUAUCCUCGUAUGGGGAUAUGAAACUUUUAUGAUGAAGUGUUAUUUAGCCACCUAUUUUGUCUACUUAGCCAUCGAGAAACAUGCUUUUGUAUUUGUAGCAGGCAGAUAUGCAACUUUCGAUAAAAAAAAUUCAAGAACUUUGAAUUUGAAGAAAGGGUGAUUAAAAUACUUUAACUAGACAAUCCAAAGGUUUCACAAUUACUGUGAUGUCAAGCAUAACUG